AGGGCUGGGUUGACCUGCAGGCUGGUUACAGGGUGUAUAAAACGGGCAAGACGCAGGCUGAUAGCAGAGUUAUCACCACCAAGUCUGCAAGGGCUCAGCUGACGGCUUCCUGAGGGGCCAGGGAGUGAGCAUGGAGGAAGGCAUGAACGUCCUUCAUGACUUUGGGAUCCAGUCCACACACUACCUCCAGGUGAAUUACCAGGACUCCCAGGAUUGGUUCAUCCUGGUCUCUGUGAUCGCAGACCUCUGGAAUGCCUUCUAUGUCCUCUUCCCCAUCUGGUUCCAUGUUCGAGAAGCUGUGGGCAUCCAACUCCUCUGGGUAGCUGUGAUUGGAGACUGGCUCAACCUCAUCUUUAAGUGGAUUCUCUUUGGGCAGCGCCCGUACUGGUGGGUCCUGGACACGGACUACUACAGCAAUACCUCUGCACCACUGAUCAAGCAGUUCCCUGUCACCUGUGAGACUGGACCAGGGAGUCCCUCCGGUCAUGCCAUGGGUACAGCAGGUGUUUACUAUGUGAUGGUCACAUCCACCCUCUCUAUCUUUCGGGGAAAGAAAAAGCCCACUUUCGGAUUUAGGUGUUUGAAGAUCGUUUUGUGGUUGGGAUUCUGGGCCGUGCAGCUGAACGUCUGUCUGUCACGAAUCUACCUUGCUGCUCAUUUUCCCCAUCAGGUGGUGGCUGGAGUCUUGUCAGGCAUUGCGGUUGCUGAAACUUUCCGCCACAUCCAGGGCAUCUACAACGCCAGUCUCAAGAAGUAUUUCCUCAUUACCUUCUUCCUGUUCGGCUUUGCCAUUGGAUUUUACCUGCUGCUGAAGGGGCUGGGUGUAGACCUCCUGUGGACGCUAGAGAAAGCCAAGAGGUGGUGUGAGCGGCCAGAAUGGGUUCACAUCGACACCACGCCCUUUGCCAGCCUCCUGAAGAACCUGGGGACCCUCUUUGGCCUGGGGCUGGCUCUCAACUCCAGCAUGUACAGGGCGAGCUGCAAGGGCCAACUCAGCAAGUGGGUCCCCUUCCGCCUCGGCUGCAUCGUGGCCUCCCUCAUCCUCCUGCACCUCUUUGACUCUUUGAAACCCCCAUCCCAAGUCGAGAUGAUCUUCUACGUCCUGUCCUUCUGCAAAAGUGCAGCAGUGCCCCUGGCGUCUGUCAGUCUCAUCCCCUACUGCCUGGCCCGGAUCCUGGGCCAGUCCGACAAGAAGUCUUUGUAAGGAAGGUGGAAACUUCAGUAUUUAAAGUCAAUGACUGAGCCGAUGUUUGAGGGCAGCCGGCGUCUCCCGCCAGCCCACUUGAGGCCAGAAGGGCCUGAGUCAGCUUGAGUGACCCCCUUCCUCCUAUGCAAUUCUAAUUGUAUUGGGGGAUGGGUUUUUUUUUGAAAAACUAGUAAGGGUAUUUGAGAAAGCCUUGUCUGUUAGAAGUCGGGUAGUUCUGGGUUUUUCCCCCCCGAAGACUUACUCAUUCUUCUGUCAGAUACACAAAAGUCAGACCUCCAGGUAGGGGGACAGCUCUCGGUCCCAGGCUGGGAAUCCCACCUGAGAAUGCUCUACCCAGGCUCAUUCUUAUCCAGAAAAGGAGAAAAGAGAAGUGGAUUUGAUAGGAAAGGAAGGAUGGAUUAAGGAGGACUUUUUAGCAUCUUGAAUAUCAUGCAAAUUAUGUCAAACAAUACCUAAAUAGCUUUGGUUGUACUUAAACCUUUAGGUGAGGAACUCUCAAUAGUGGGGGACCAACCUGAAGUGUAAUUAAUAGGUGGUUAGUGGGGUAAUUCUGCAUCUUGUAUUUUUCUAUUAUGUAGCUGUGGUCAUUGUAUUGACCAGGAUUUCUGAGUGGCUGCAGUGACCUACAUUUGUACUAAGUCAGAGCAUUCAGGCAUAGUCAAGCUUCUCCUCUGUCACCCUAGAUCUUCCUCCUUAUUAGCCUAGCUCUGCUUUCCCCAGAAUUUUCCACUGGCUCCACACCCGCCCUGCUGGAGACUCAGAUGCCUAAAGGUGACUGUGGGGGAGCUUUUUCUGUUUCAGCUGAGCCCUGAAAUCUUGGGCAAAAGGGUAAGGAGAGGCAAGGAUUCCCCUCUCCAGAAGGUCACUCCAAUGUUACUAUUGAUUCCUGCGGGUACCCAUGACUCCUUUCUCUAUCCCACGCCAACCAAGAGCACAUUUUUGGAGGGAAAGCCUCCUUGCCUGUCCUCCAGUGUCAGCUGGUUUGCAGAAUAUGUCCUAGAAAAAAAAAUGCUGAAGUCUAUUUAUUUGAGAGUCCUUGUUUUUGCUACUAAUUAUGUAGUUCGCCAUAUAUUAUCAUUCACACCAACCUUCCUGGUCAUACCAUCUUUGAAAAGAAAAAUAUAUAUGUGCAGUAUUUUAUUAAAAACAACAUUUUAUUUAAG